AUGUGGGAGCUCCGAUCCAUCGCCUUCUCCAGAGCCGUGCUGGCUGAGUUCCUGGCCACUCUUCUCUUCGUCUUCUUCGGCCUUGGUUCGGCCCUCCAGUGGGCCAGCUCCCCACCCUCCGUGCUCCAGAUUGCCGUGGCCUUCGGCCUGGGCAUUGGCACGCUGGUCCAGACCCUGGGCCAUGUCAGCGGGGCCCACAUCAACCCUGCCGUGACCGUGGCCUGCCUGGUGGGCUGCCACGUCUCCUUCCUUCGAGCUGCCUUCUAUGUGGCUGCCCAGCUGCUGGGGGCUGUGGCCGGGGCCGCCAUACUGCAUGAGAUUACUCCAGUAGAAAUCCGAGGGGACCUGGCUGUCAAUGCUCUCCACAACAACGCGACGGCGGGCCAGGCCGUGACUGUGGAGCUCUUCCUGACCCUGCAGCUGGUUCUCUGCAUCUUCGCCUCCACCGACGACCGCCGCAGCGACAACCUGGGCAGCCCCGCCCUCUCCAUCGGCUUCUCUGUCACCCUGGGCCACCUCCUGGGGAUCUACUUCACCGGCUGCUCCAUGAAUCCAGCCCGCUCCCUGGCCCCAGCAGUCGUCACCGGCAAGUUCGAUGAUCACUGGGUCUUCUGGAUCGGACCCCUGGUGGGCGCCAUCAUCGCCUCCCUCCUCUACAACUACCUGCUGUUCCCCUCGGCCAAGAGCCUGCAGGAGCGCCUGGCGGUGCUCAAGGGCCUGGAGCCGGACACCGACUGGGAGGAGCGCGAGGUGCGGCGGCGGCAGUCGGUGGAGCUGCACUCCCCGCAGAGCCUGCCGCGCGGGAGCAAGGCCUGA